AUGUCCUACUACUUCACAAUUCUCUCGCCGACAGAUGUCCCGCUGUUCAACAUUGCCUUCGGCACCUCGAAAUCCGGCGGCGAUGGCAUCGCCCGCUUUCGCUUCCCCGAGGCCGGACAGAAUACGUACAUGACGCAGUUCAUUAUCCACUCGAGUUUGGAUAUGCUGGAGGAAGCACAGUGGAUGGGUGGAAAUAUGUACCUAAAACACAUCGACACAUACCCGCCAGCAUCUGCGUAUAUCUCCGCAUUCUUAACUCCCUCGGGCACGCGCUUUCUCCUUCUGCAUCAACCCCCACAACCCAAUAUCCCCGCUUCAUCUGCGUCCGCCGGCACGGGGGGCUCAAUGAGCAUGAGCACGUCAUCAGGGAUGGGCGGGUCCGGACUCUUCGGAGGUUCAGGGAUGGGCUCGUCGAGUCGCACGUCGAGUAGUUCUAUAGCUGCGAAUCCGACGGCGCCACAGACCGAGGAGGCCGUCAGGCAGUUUAUGACGGAGGUGUAUGAGAAUUAUGUCAAGACGGUGAUGAGCCCGUUUUAUAAGAGGGGGUUGGAAAUACGGAGUCCGGUUUUCAGGAGUAAGGUUUCUGCUGCUGGGAGGAAGUGGCUAUAG